AUGGGGAAGCGAAGCAGGACCAGCCAGCAGGAGGUUAUUGAUCUCCUGGACUCUCCCUGCACCCGUAGUCAAGACCCCGCCAGAGAUAGUCAAAGCCACAAAAGCGUGCGCUGGGGGUCCCUGGUCCUCAGUCCCUCUCGAUCGUCCGCCUCCCAGCAGCAAUUUGGGGAAGAGAAUUUGUGCUUCAGCCAGACCCAAGGGAGCCGGGCCUGGACGAGCAAGGGGGCCGCGUCGCCGCCCAGAACUCCUCCUGGUCGCUCGGGGAAGGACCAGUGGGCGGAGGUGCAUGCGCCGACCUGCGUAGCAGAAUUGGCUGUGCAAGCGAAGAAGGUCGAUGAGGUGAAGGACUGGCUCCUCAGACACGCCCCUGGAUCGGCAGCGGCCCAAGGGCCCAGGAUGGUCUUGUUGUCAGGCCUGCCUGGCACUUGCAAGAGCACAGCUAUCCGGCUCCUGGCAAAAGAGUGUGGUUAUCAGCUGACUGAAUGGAUGGCGCCUGUGCCCACUCUGUGGUCUGAAAGGCAACACGGGGGGCCCCAUGGACUUCAGUACGUCUCCAAGCUGGACUCUUUUGCAGAAUUUGUCAGCUGCUCCAAGUUCCCAAUGCUGCCAUUGCAUGUGUCAGCUGCCACAGAGGGGUCGACUUCUGCAGCCACUGGAAAGGACAACCCAAAGCUACUACUUGUCGAUGACCUGCCCCAUCCUCAUUCGGCGGCUGCACGAGCCAAAUUGAUGACCUCCCUUGAACAGCUUGCUACAUCUGCCCGCUUUCCCACUGUGUGCGUGUUAACUGAAAGCCCUGGCAGCCACCACCGUGGGGAUCACGAAGGUGGCAACGGUUCCCUGCCCAACAAGGAUGUGCUCGAAGCGCUGCAGCGGCUGGGAGUCCCACACAUUCACUUUAACCCUGUCACACAACCCAAUGCUGUGAAGGCCAUGGAGAGGAUUUUGGAUAUAGAAGGCAUGACAGUGGAGAAGCAAGUGCUUCGCCAUAUUUUGGCUGGAGCCAAAGGAGACCUCAAGAAUGCAGUGCACACUCUCCAGGUUGCAGUCACUGGCCUGAAGCCUGAUUACGGGGGGAGAAGGAAAGCAAAGAGGAAGAAGGGGUGCCAGAUGGGGGUCCUGCAUAUGGAGGUCGAUCGGCUGGCUUCCAUACAGCGCGAUGCUCAGCUGUCAGUGUUCCAUGCCUUGGGGAAAAUCCUUUACAACAAGCGCGAAAAUGAUAAGGGUGGAAGUGCACUUUGUGCAAGGACAUGCUUGCAGCUACCCAGCAGUUCGCAAGCGCAAGACCAAGUGUGUAGCCUGAAAUCGGUGCAAUUGCUUGACAGGUACAUGCGACCCCCAUCGAAAUACAAUCCUGAAGAGGUCGUUGGGUUGUCAGGCCUGGACGCCUCUUCUUUGGUUGGAUUCUUGCACGAGCACCACCUUCAUUUCUGUCACAGUGACGCCAUGGACACUGCUGCAGAUGCAGCAGAGUAUUUCAGCGAUGCUGAUGUGCUGGCAGGCUGGGAUGCCACGAGGUCACGCUCAACAGUGCAGUCUGACGAUGGAGCCAACAUUGCAGUACCCCUGCAACAUCUAGCUGCAGAAUCCAUCGCAGCAAGGGGCAUCAUGUUUGCCAACAGCUCUCCGGCCCCCCCUCGACAUCUGUACCAUUUUCACGGUCCGCUAUCUUCCACAGUGGAACAAACAAGGCAAGCCAACCUUCAGGAGCUCAACAGGGCGGUGAUGCGAUUGCAGAGUGCGGGCUGUCGCCUGGCUGACGAUGCUUCCAUCUACAGUGUUGACUGCCUCCCUCUGCUGAGGCAGCUGAAUGUCUCUGGUGGAAAAAGGGUGGCAGUGUUGCCGAGGAGGUUGUCAUAUAUACACCAAGGCACCGUAGAGAACUGGCAGAAUAGUGAACUAGAGAUUGGGGUAGACGAUGCAAGAAAUGCGCUGAGAGAUGUGCGGUUAUCCGGGAGUGGGUCCAUUGUUGAGGAAGAUGUAAUUGAAGAUUAUGAUGAUUGA